AUGGGGCUCAUCACGGUCAGAGGGCGAAACCUCUACCGAUUGAUGCAGUUCAUCUGUGGCACCUCUUUCAUGAUGUACGGCUAUGACGCCGGCGUUCUCGGAGGGGUCUUACUGCACCAACCAUUUCUUGAUGCCAUUGGCAACCCUACAGGCGAAUGGGUGAUUCCGUGGAUCUCAAGCUCGUACAGCCUGUCGGCAUGUAUCACCUGUCUGAUCGUGGCAACCUUUGCAUUUCGGAUCGGACGGCGCGGUACAAUCAUCCUGGGCAAUUGCGCUGCGGUCAUCGGAUCGAUCAUCCAGGCGACGGCCAACUCGGUGGCUCAGUUGACUGUCGGACGGAUCAUCACUGGCUUUGCCAUUGGCUGCAUCUCGAGUGCGGUUCCUACCUACCUCGCUGAAACCGGCGCCGAGAUUGGUGACCGCGGGCCUGCCAACGCGCUGAACGCCAGCAUGCUGAUCGGGGGCAUUCCGAUCGCAUAUUGGAUCGACUACGGCUUCACCAAAUCAAACCGCCAGUUCUCCUGGCGGGUGCCGAUCGCGUUCCAAUGCAUCUUUGCCGUCAUUGCUGGAUCCUGCAUGUUCUUCCUUCCAGACACGCCUCGAUACUACUACGCGAAGAACCGCCACGAUGAAGGCGACGCCGCCCUCGUGCGCUUGCAUGACGCCCCCCUCGACUCGGAAAAGGUGCAACUGACCAAGCGGGAAAUCCUCUUCGCCAUCGAGGCCGAAGACGAAGCAAAGUCGAGUCUGCACUGGAAGUUGUUCCUCACGUCCGGCAUCAUCGAUCGGACUCCCAUGAAGAUCAUUCGGAGAUUGUGCAUCUGCUUCUGGCUGCCCAUGAUCAGAGAGUGGAUGGGGUCGAGCCUGAUGGCAUACUACAGCUCCGUCAUCCUCAGCCAAGUUGGAGCGCGCCCGUCGCUCGUGUCUCUACUCGCGGGGAUCCUGAACAUCUGUUUCGCGCUCGGGUGUGUUCCGCUGUAUUUCACCAUCGAACGGGUCGGCCGUCGCUCGGUGCUCAUGUACGGCGCCAUGGUCAUGUCGGUGCUGAUGUUGAUCUUCACCGUCUUGCAAGCCGUGCCUGCCACGCCGGCGAUCCAAUGGGCCGGCAUCGGCAUCAUCUUCGUCUUCCUCUUUGUCUUUGGCUAUGCAUGGCAAGGCUGCGUCUGGCUCUAUGCGUCCGAGAUUGCCCCGCUGGAGUACCGGCACAUCGGCGGGGCCUUCACCGGCUGCGGCGAGUGGCUGAUGACCUUCAUCACCGUCUUCGCCGGGCCCAUCGGCCUCACCAACGUGGGCUGGAAGUUCUGGAUCUGGGUUCUUGCCGGAAACCUAGUCGCCGUCGCCUUUGUCUUCUUUCUCUGUCCCGAGACCGGCGGCAAGACCCUGGAGCAGGUCGACUUCCUGUUCUCCGCGGCGCCGUUUGUCUCCGCGGCCGAGAAACGACUCGACAUCGAGGAGGCCUGGGUCGAAGGCGAUGCCCAGGUCAAGGAGGUGGAGGAGGUGGGUGUGAAGGGAUGA